AUGUAUCUAUCGCAUUCAGUAGAUGCAUUUCGUAAUUAUGCUGAAGAAUGCUGUCAACUUGGUCAACUACAAGCGGAACAGAUGAAAACAUGUAGUAUAGCAUCGCAAGUGUUUCUUUUUGAAAAUAAGAUGCAUUUGUCUACUCAUUGUCGAUAUUUGACACAUAUCUGCUGUUUGACGAAUUUACGCGGCUACUUUUGUGAGGAAGGUUUAAACACCGCGCUUCAAUUGUUACCAUGCAAUGAGACAAAACUCGAAUCGAAAGAUUCUUAUCAGAUUUGUUGCAAAUGUUGUGAAUUAGGUGUUCGAGCAGGCCGAGAGCAAGAAGAUUGUCAACCAUUGACUGUACUUGAUGAAAGAUGCAGUGAACAAUUUCAUGAUUGUUGUAAGAAGGCAAAAUCACUGAAUUGUGCAGUCGGUUUUCAAAUGAGUGAGGAUCAUCAAUGUCGAGAUGUUAACGAAUGUCUCUCGAAUCCAUGUCCAAGCAGAAUGUUGUGUGAAAACACACCAGGCAGUUUUCGUUGUAUCGAAGGAUGUCAAAUUGGUCAUACUUGGUCAAUAAAACAUGGCCAAUGUCGAGACAUUGAUGAAUGUGCGAUUCAUAAGCAUAACUGUAGUUUUGGACAUCGCUGUGAAAAUAUGCCAGGAUCAUUUAGAUGUAUUCGAGAAAGAAAUUGUGGAACGGGAUAUCAAGUCGAUCCCACAACACAAACAUGUGUAGGUAGGAAGUAUGAUACAGAAGAAUGUUUCCGUUUAUUUCUUGGUAUGUUAGAUGUUGAUGAAUGUGAGCAAGAUAUUCACGAAUGUCGACCUGGUUAUAUUUGUAAAAACGUUCCAGGAACAUACAGAUGCGUGCCACAAACUUGUACGUCGGGCGAAAAAUUCAAUGCUUUCUAUGGUCGCUGUGAAAAGAUUCAGUGCCGUGAAGGUUUCAAUGUUACAUUGACAGGGAAAUGUCUUGAUAUUAACGAAUGUACUCAAAAACCAAGUCCAUGCAAGCUUGGUGAACGUUGUGAUAAUACACCUGGAUCUUAUCGUUGUGUACAAACAUUUACGUGUCCAAGUGGCUUGGAGAUAAAAGAUCUCGAAUGUUUAGAUAUUGACGAAUGUGCUAUUGGAAACCAUACAUGUCCUUCGUUAGCAACAUGUCAAAAUACAUAUGGAUCGUUCUAUUGUCAAUGUCCACCUGGAUUUGUCUAUCAGAAUGGUGCUUGUAUCGAUGAUGAUGAGUGUUCAAGAGAAAAUCCAAUUUGUCCAACAAAUUCAGUUUGUCGAAACACGGCUGGAUCGUAUAUCUGUGAUUGUCCGUCAGGUUAUAGAAUGUCAGAUAAACGACACUUUUGCGAAGACAUUAACGAGUGUGAACUUUCACCCAAUGUGUGCGAACAAAAAUGUGUCAAUGUUCAAGGUUCAUACUAUUGCCUAUGUAAAGAAGGUUACCGACUGAACAGUGACAAACAGACAUGCCGAGAUCUAGAUGAAUGUUCUAUGAUCGCAAGAUUAUGUCAACAUGAAUGUGUGAAUACACUUGGAUCAUAUAAAUGUGCAUGUCCAUCCGGAUUCUUACUUGAACGUAACCGUCAAUGUCAAGAUAUAGAUGAAUGUCAGCUUGACACACAUAACUGUUCUGCAGGUCAGACGUGUAUAAAUACUCGUGGUGACUUUCGCUGUUUUUACAUCGAUUGUCCUAGCGGUUACGACAAAAUUGGAAAUUAUCGGUGUCAAUUGAAUACACAAUGGUGCAUUGAACACCAAAAUGACAAUAAUUUGCGUUGUACACGUCACAAACCUGUCAAAUACGUAUAUUCUUUCAUUUCAUUACCAGCGCACAUAUCUAUCCCGACUGAAAUCUUUCGCAUACGCAAUAGUCAGUUGAAUAAAGAUCAACAUGUCGAAUUUGAAUUACAAUACAUACCAAAAGAUCAUUCGCAAACGAGUUCUACUCAGCGUAUGCUUGAUAAAUUUCAAUUGAAAACCUACUCAGCGCAUCAUGCACAUUUAUAUCUUAUUCAAGAAUUGAAUUCAUUCGACGAAAUUGAAUUACAUAUUCAAAUGAAAACAUUUACCAAUAAAUUCUCCUCGUCGAUUGCUGUUAUGAAACUUUUCAUUCAUGUUAGUCAAUAUGCUUUUUAUCCUUAG